AUGAACCUGGUCAACACCAGCAAGGAGGUGCUGAACAACUUCGAGCAGAAGCUGGACACCAUUCGCACGGAAAAGAUCAUCAAGAAGAUGAAGACGGAGGCGUACAGCGGCUACCAACACUCGGAGGCGGAGAAGAGGUCGGUGCAGAUCAACGUCGCCAUCGUCAUCAUCAAGGUCUACUGGAUGCAGCUGCUGGGCAUUGCGAUGCUCAAGUUUGUCGCAAGCUGUCUCACCUUCGGCAAUCCAGUCAUUCUCGACUUUCUGAUGACCUUCAUGUCGGACACCAGCGGGUCGCAACCGACCUGGCGGGGCUUCCUCUUUGCGGCGAUGAUGUUCGUCUUCCCCCUCUUUGAGUCGGUCAUCAACAGCCAGCACGACUACUGGAUGAACAUACUGAUACUGCGCAUUCGCACGUGCAUGAUCUCCAUGAUCUACAAUAAGAGCUUGCGGCUGUCCACCUACGGGCGCCGCAAUUACUCCACCGGAGAGAUUGUGAACAUCAUGUCGGUGGAUUCGCAGCGGCUGACUGAUUUCCUCCUUUGGGCGAACUCCAUUUGGGCGGCUCCGCUGCAGUUCGGCAUUGCCAUCUACCUGCUCUGGCAGCAGGUUGGCUGGGCCUCAAUGGCCGGGCUGAUCUUCAUGUUCAUCCUCCUGCCCUUCAACGGCUGGAUCAGCGCCCGCAUUCGCAACAACCAGAUGAAGGUGAUGAAGGAGAAGGACAAGCGCACUAAGCUGAUGAACGAAAUUCUCAAUGGAAUGAAAGUGCUGAAGCUGUAUGCAUGGGAAAACUCCUUCAAGGAUAAGAUUCAGUCGCUGCGAGACUACGAGUGCAAGGAGCUGUACAACAUUGCCUACCUCAGCGGUUUCAUGUUCUUCGCCUUCUCGGCGGCGCCCUUUUUGGUCGGCCUGCUCACCUUUGCCCUCUACGUGCUGAGCGGCAAUGUCCUCGAUCCGAACAAGGCCUUCGUGUCACUGUCGCUCUUCAACAUCAUCCGCGUGCCGAUGGGCAUGCUGCCGAUGCUGCUGUCUAUGGGAGCAAUGUGUCUAGUAUCGAUUCGCCGACUGAACAACUACCUAAACUCUGAGGAGCUGGACGAGGACGCCAUUCGGUACAUGCCCGACCAGGAGUGCGCCAUCAGGGUAAAGGAUGGCACCUUCACCUGGCACCGAAACGGCACCGCCUCCCUGAAGGACAUCAACCUGGAGGUGCCACACGGCAAGCUGGUGGCGAUGGUCGGCUCGGUUGGCUCGGGCAAGUCCUCCCUCCUCAGCGGCGUUCUCGGCGACAUGGAGAAGAUCGGGGGGAGCGUCAAUGUCGACGGGCGAAUCGCCUUUGUGCCGCAGCAGGCGUGGGUGCAGAAUGCGACGUUGCGAAAGAAUGUCACCUUCACGAAUGCCUUCGAUGAGAAGCGCUACAAGAAGGUGAUCAAGGCGUGCUGCAUGGAGCCGGACAUUAACAUUCUGGCUGACGGAGACCAGACGGAGAUUGGAGAGCGGGGUAUUAAUCUCAGUGGUGGACAGAAGCAGCGGAUCAGCUUGGCGAGAGCCGUGUACGCCGACGCACAGAUCUACCUGCUGGACGAUCCGCUCAGCGCCGUGGACGCCCACGUCGGCAAGAAGCUGUUCGCCGAUGUGAUUGGCAAUAAGGGCCUGCUGCGAAAUAAGACCCGUCUCCUGGCGACGCACCGCAUUUCAGUGCUGAGCGAGUGCGAUGAGAUCAUCGUGCUGAAGGACGGCGGCAUCAGCGAACGGGGCACCAUGGACCAGCUGAUCGAGGAGAAGGGCGACUUUGCGGAGUUCCUCGCCGAGUACCUGGUGGAGAACAUGGACAACAGCGGCGACGACAGCGAGGACAAUGAGCUGAUGAAGAGUCUGGCGGAGAAGGUGAAGCCCAUUUUGGAGCGGUCAGAGUCGUUGCGCUCCAAGGGCAGCCUCACCCGGUCGGACAGUGUUCGCAGCAGUUUGGGACGACCGGCGGGCGGAAUUGCCCGACAGCAGUCCCAGACUAGUGUUCGCCGACGGCGAGAGUCCUCCAGUGCAAAGGAAGCUUCUAAAGAGAUGUCUAAGGAGCAACAACUUAAAAAGAAAGGUGGCCCCGGAGAAGAGAAGGUAGGCGGCAAGGGCAAGGGCAAGGGCGCCGGAAAGCUGAUCACCGAGGAGUCUGCAGCGACCGGUUCAGUGAAGCUGAAGGUGUACAUCAAGUACUUUCAGACGGUGGGCACUGCAAUCACCGCGCUCAUCAUCGGCAGCAUGGUCGUCUCCAAUGUCUUUCAGAUCUUCAGCUCACUGUGGCUCAGCUCGUGGAGUAAUGACGGCCUCGAUCCGGUAAAGGCAAACGACACUGAUCUGCGAAACUGGCGUCUGGGCGGUUACGCCGGCUUUGGAGCGGGAGAGAUUGUCGCCAGCCUUUUCUCCACUAUUGUCUUGAACAUUGCCUGCAUUCGAGCCUCUAAACUGCUGCACAAUGAGAUGCUCGCCUGCAUCAUGUUUGCACCGAUGGCCUUUUUUGACACGACACCUAUCGGUCGAAUACUGAACCGCUUCACAAAGGACGUCGACGUCGCCGACUCCUCGAUGGUUUUCAACCUCCGCAUGGGCAUCAUGCAGUUCUUCCGCACCAUCGUCGCUUUUCUCAUGAUCAGCCUGGAGGCGCCGAUCAUCCUGGCGGCCAUCGCCCCUAUCAUCAUCCUCUACUACAUCAUCCAGCGGGUGUACAUCGCCUCCUCGCGACAGCUGAAGCGCAUUGAGUCCACCACCCGGUCGCCCAUCUACAACCAUUUUGCCGAGACGGUGAACGGGGCGAGCAGCAUUCGGGCGUACGGCGUUCAGGAGCGCUUCAUCGCCGACUCGAACAACCGCAUCGACCACAACAACACCUGCUUCUACGCCAGCAUCACCGCCUCUCGGUGGCUCUCCAUUCGACUGGAGUUCUUCGGCUACACCAUCGUCUUCCUGGCGGCCAUCUUUGCGGUGCUCAGCCGGGGCACGGUGACGCCCGGCAUGGCCGGUCUGGCCAUCAGCUACUCGCUGAACAUCACUGGAGUGCUGGGCAUGUUCGUGCGGGCGGCCACCGACCUGGAGACGAACAUUGUCUCCAUUGAGCGGUUGAUUGAGUACUCUGAGGUGGAGUCAGAGGCGGCGUACUACCGCGAGGAGAAACGCCCCCCAUCCGGAAAAUGGCCCAAAGCGGGGGAGAUCAAGUUCGAGAAGUACAGCACCCGUUACCGACCUGGCCUUGACCUAGUGGUGAAGGACGUCAACUUCAGCAUCCGCUCGCAGGAGAAGGUGGGCAUCGUGGGGCGAACCGGCGCCGGCAAGUCCAGCCUCACGCUGGCCCUCUUCCGCAUCAUUGAGCCUUCGGGCGGGAAGAUCGUCAUCGACGAGGUGGACGUCGGCCAGCUGGGCCUGUACGACCUGCGCAGUCGCAUCACCAUCAUUCCGCAGGAUCCGGUCCUCUUCACCGGCUCACUGCGCAUGAACCUCGACCCUUUUGAGGUGUACUCCGACGAGGAGAUCUGGCGGUCGCUGGAGCUGGCCCACCUGAAGGACUUUGUCCAGUCGGUGGAGAAUCAGCUGCUGUACAAGAUCACCGAAGGCGGCGAGAAUCUGUCCGUCGGCCAGCGGCAGUUGGUGUGCCUGGCGCGGGCGCUCCUGCGAAAGUCGAAGAUUCUGGUGCUGGACGAGGCGACGGCCGCCGUGGACAUGGAGACGGACGGGCUGAUUCAGGAGACGAUUCGGGCGGAGUUCGCCGACUGCACCAUCGUCACCAUUGCCCACCGCCUCAACACCGUCAUCGACUACGAUCGCAUUCUGGUGCUGGACCAGGGUCGGGUGAUCGAGUACGACACGCCGUCGUCGCUGCUCGCCAAAAAGACCUCCACCUUCUACUCAAUGGCAAAGGACGCGAAGCUGGUGUAA